AUGCCAAAACUACCACGUCAACCAUCGAAAAGGAAAAUGAAGGCUGCGGAUCCGGAACAUCCCAGAAAUCAACUUCCAACUGUCGCCGGUUCUACCGCAUCUACUACCGCUGCGGCUCCCAGUACAAAUGCAAGUGCUGUUCCGAAUUCGAUUUCUGACCAAAAUUAUUCACACAACGAGAACAGUGUACCAGACAGCAAUGAACUGAUGCAUCACUUCUCGAUGGCAAAUGCGUUUAGCCUCCCUGCUGCGGCGGUACCACAUCCGAGACCCCUGCAGCAAAAUUCAAUGGUCAGCAAUUUGCCAGCAGCCCCGAACGCAUUUGCUUGCCCUUGGGCUGCACCACCUGCAGUGCGGCUGCAAUAUCCAGUUUCUACAGCCGCAGAAAUGCAGCCACAUUCAGUCGCUCCACUGGCAGUGCCAGCGGUCAACCAUGGUCACGCUCGUGAUCAAGUUGCAGUGGCACUGUCUGCAGCAACUCGCACCGCGCAUGCCCUAACUGAACAGCUGCAAGCUGCUUCGUUCGGUGUCGAAGCUGCACUUCAGCCGGUUUUGGAAAAGGCGUUGCUGAGCGCGAAACAAGUGGCUGAGGACCUGCAGACAGUUGCGAGAAGGCGCCCGUCCACUCGAGUGCCAGAAGCAUUACAGGGACGUGCAUGUAGUGAGCGCACGCACUCGCAUCCAGACCACGAGACACUUGCUGCAAGCCAGUCUCAGACAGUUGUUGUAGCUGGAUCGUGUUCAGGACAUAGUCAAAUUACACCAUUGCGACCCGCUCAGCAAUAUGACCCAAACUCUGACAUUAUCCCGCCACCCAAACUUGCGAGAACAGAGAAUCUGCCGAGUACUUAUUCAGAUUCAGCUUCAUCAAAGAAUUCGUCGCUGUCCCUCCAGUCGCCUCAUCUACCUUACCCUACGCCUACGCCGUUCGGAAGCGCUUUCGAGCAAAAAUGUGAUACUAGUACUAACGAAGAUAGUUUUGUGCAACUAACUCCCCUGACAGGUAGGCCUUUUCAAAAUACAUAA